CUAAAGGAACUCAUGAGCCCAAUCAUCGUGCGAUUGGUUGUUCUACACUUCUACUAGAUUAAUCUGAGCCCAAUACUGAGCAAGAAAACAGUGGGCAGUUCCCCGCCAGGCGGCCCGCCGCGCCACACACUCUCUCUAAGCUGGUCAGUCGGUCAUUGCCCUCCCUGAAGUAGCGGACCAACGAUGCCGCCGACGACCGAGUCUUCUCCCAACCAUGCUUCCACCGGCUCCGGCGAUAAAGACUCCAAACCCGUUCACGAUAGCAGUUCUCGAGCUCCUGUUCCUGCUCCCAAACCCAAAGUCUAUAGCCAUCGCGAGGAGGAACCUGGGCCUGAGACUCCUGACAAAGAAGCUGGAGCUUUUCUGGAACUUAUUGCAUCCACUGGGAAAUUCUGGCACAACUGGGAUGACUUGAAGAUUAUGCUAUCCUCUAAGCUGAAGCAGGUUUUGUCCGAGUAUCCUGAGGUGAAAAUGACCAGUGAGGAGCAGAAAGCUUCGUUAGGAUAAACUACCCUGAGCUGAUGAAAAGGCUGGAUGAUGGUAUGCUUCUGCACCCCCAUUUCCUUUGCUUGCCUUUUUGUUUGAGUUGGCUGUCUCUUUUCUAUCUGCUCGUGACCUGUAGUUUAGGAAACUGGUCUUGAAGGUGAUGGCAGGCCAUCUUGCCCUCGGGUAAUAAUAUGGAAUCAGGUGCUGGCAUAUGAUUGAGUUGGGCUUAGGCUGGGAGAGGCCAUUAUAACCAUGAUGUCCUUGUAAAAAUGAUAAGAAACCGUUAAUGUAAUCAUGAUAACUCCAUCAGACGUGAAAAAAGAGAAUCGUUUUACCUCCUUGGGAUUUUGGGGAUGUGGUGUGGGAUGUGAUGAAGCUGUGACUUGACUUGAGCUUGGCUGAAAAAUUGGACAGGGAUUUUAUACGAUAGACUACACACUGAUAGUAAUUUAUGCUGCUGCUCCAUUUUAUUGUCCAUUCUCAACCAUUGCUUAACAACAACGCAUUUUGCUUCAUUGUGCAGCUCUUCUUAGUUUUGAUGAAGGUCCGCCCUUUACCCUGCAAAGGCUGUGUGAGGUGAUUCCAUCUCUAGAUUCCCUUUGGUCCUAUGUAUUCAGUAAUUGAUGUGAAGAUAUGUUUGCUAUCUAGUUACAUCUGUUGUUGAAUGUCAGCUAGCGCAUUGUAUGUAGCCAGUCUGGUCUUAGUGGAGUAGUUGCGUAAGUUCUGUGAGAAGCAGGGUGAUUCCUUUUCUGAGAUAAUUAUAUAGAAACCGAGGUGGGGUUUUUUUUUCUUCUGGCAUUGAGAACUUGUCAAAUGCUGAUACUUAGGCAGACCUGCGUGCACAUUCUCUAUCUCUUUGGCAAUUUUACUGAUAUAGGGUGUGCAUUGUCUAUGCUUGCCUAGCUUCUUGUUUCAGCGAUCAGACUGAGUUGUUGUUAAUAUAUCAUUCUUUUUUAGAUCCUGUUGACUGCAAAGAGCAUAUACCCAAAUCUCUCGAAGCUUACUCUAGCUCUAGAAAAGGUUAGUUGGCUUUUGCUUCUCCUGAUGGUUGUAUGCAUGCAGCUCGUUCUUUGCUUCUUGUAUUGUAACUAUGCAAAGCUCUCUUACGCUGCAGAAUUUACUAGUGACCUCCACGUUGGUUGCUUGUACCGAUUUGCGUCCACUAGCCCCUCAAAAGCAGGAUGAAACUGACAAAGAAAGUCCAAACGAGCAGGAACCAUCUAACCCGGAACGAAAUGGAGUCCAGCAGCCCACCGCAGCAGAUGGGGAUGAAAUAAUGGCCGAGGUCGAGACUGAUGUUGGCGAUGAGAUGACUAUUGACACGGAACCCUUCGAAGAAAUGAAAUAGUUGGAUCGAUCUCUGGAGAUGAAAAUUUAUGCAACAAUCUCGAAAAUCCUAAGCAACCUCUGUAUGUGCUACAACCUUAUCAGUUAUUUAGAUUCUUAUCGUUCCUUUUAUAGAGCACACUUGGAUUCAUUACUGUCCCACAUGCACGAGAGUAUAAAGGGAUUGUCAAUAA